AUGGAAGAGUGCUGCCUCCCCGACUACAAGAUCCCGGAAUUCCUCUAUAGAGUCCACUACGACAGCGCAUACACCCAGGAGACCAAAAAAUGGCUGCUAGCCGGCGACACCGGCGACCAUUGGCGCACCCGGACGAUCGAUGAAUUCGAAGAAGCCGCCGAUUGCCACCUAUCCAACUGGCAUGAACCCAGCAUCUUCAUCUCCGCCUUCGACCACAAAGCCAGAGCUACAGACUGGAUGGCUCGUCACUGGUGGCGGUGCAAGGUAAACGCCAAGGUGUUCGAGAUCGACACUACCGCCAUCGGCCACAAGUAUAUCUACCGUGCUAAAUCACUUGCUCGACAACUUGAUAUGAACACCGAAGGGUUGGAUCAUAAUGAUCUUUACUAUGAGUAUCUGGUUUUGCAUCGCAUUCCUAAAAGUGCUUUUCGCAGGUGUUGGAAUGUGACGUUUAUUGAUUCAGAUAAAUCUUACGGGUAUCGUGUUGCUAAUGAUCCGAAGACACUGGGUACCGAGGUCAUUCGGUAUGAGAGGAUACCUGCUAAGGAUAAGAAGGUUCCUGGAGACAAAGGCAAGAAGCCUGAGGAGAAGAAGGUUGUUGAGAAUGAGCGCGUUGGUGGGCACUGGGUUUCUCCGAAGCCAUCGGAGGCUUCGUAG